AUGGUUAACACACAUGAUAUAAUCUAUUACUCCAAAGCUGGCCGCAUUGAAUCUACUGCUGACCAAGAUUUUGCUAAUCGUAUAGAUGUACUCGACCCACAGAGGUCAUUGGUCACUCUCGGAGGUGGAAUAUCGCUCAAUACCUUACUCAAUACGAAUGCCCGUGAUAAACCAGAUGACAAUAUCAUUCUUUUCCUCUCUCUC